CCCGGGAACGUAGUCCCGGAUGAAUCAGACCCGUCCGGGCUGGGACAACGCAGGUGCCCGCCCCCCUUGGAGCUCAGAUGGGACAAAGCCAUGAGCGGCGGACAGGAGGGAAUAAAAAAGGCGCGGAUCAAGAAGAUCAUGCAGACUGACGAGGAAAUUGGGAAGGUGGCGGCGGCGGUGCCCGUCAUCAUCUCCCGGGCCCUGGAGCUGUUCCUGGAGUCGCUGUUGAAGAAGGCCUGCCAGGUGACCCAGUCCCGGAACGCCAAGACCAUGACCACAUCCCACCUAGCUGCUGACUGCCCCUCGCCGGGAGCCCAGGCAGCCGGGCGCUGCCAGAUGCCAUCCCCUCCCGCCCCUUCCAGGAAGCAGUGCAUUGAGCUGGAGCAGCAGUUUGACUUCUUGAAGGACCUGGUGGCGUCCGUGCCUGACAUGCAGGGGGACGGGGAAGACAACCACAUGGACGGGGACAAGGGUGCCCGCAGGGGCCGGAAGCCGGGCAGCAGCAGCCGGAAGAAUGGUGGGAUGGGAAGCAAAGGCAAGGACAAGAAGCUAUCAGGGACAGACUCGGAGCAGGAGGAUGAGUCCGAGGACACUGACACCGAUGGGGAAGAGGAGACACCGCAGGCCCCACCCCAGGCCAGCCACCCCCCUGCCCACUUUCAGAGCCCCCCAACACCUUUCAUGCCCUUCACCUCGACUAUGCCUCUGCCCCCGCCCCCAGCGCCCCCGGGCCCCUCAGGACCUGAUGCAGAGGACGAAGAGGAUUAUGACUCCUAGCACCCUCUGCCCCCCAGGCCACACCCCCUUUUAGUUGAUUUUAGUUCUGGGCGGAGGAGAGACGAUAGAGCUGUUCUUAAAUUUAUUAAUAAAAAUAAAAGGGAACAUCAGUGUUUA